AACAUAAUGAAGGCGUUAAUUUAGUAGUUAAUGCCAGCGCAGCUUGGCUUUUUAUAAGCUGCCAGCAUACUAUCAACUACUUAUGUAUAUAUAAAACAAAUAGAAACAGAAAGGAAAUAAAUGUCUAAAGUCCUACAUGAUACGGAGCAAAUGGAAUCCACGUUGAUACCGUCAUCUAAUUCGAUAAUAUCGAAUGGCACCGUCUUUAUGGUCAUGGCCUAUACACGCUGUGGACGGGAUCCGGUUCGCACCACAAUUACCGUUAAUGAGCUAAUUGGCAAGGGUACGUUCGGGCGUGUGUACAAGGCACAUCUGGAUAAAUCGGAACAUCUGGUGGCCCUCAAACAAGUCGAUUUCGAUCCCUAUAUGAUGGAACGCGAGCCGGAAAUAAUGAAUUACCUCGAAGGACACUGCAAUAUAGUGCGUCUGAUCAUGCACUGCUAUGCCCAGAUUGGAUGCUCACAGCAGAACUAUCUGUUCAUGGCCAUGGAGUAUAUGCCAAUGACGCUCUCAGAAUUCAUAGUACAGCAACGCCAGCGGCCACUGCAAACGGUCUACGUGCGCAUCAUCUCCUAUCAACUGUUCCGGGGCCUCGGUUAUUUGCACUCGCACUGCAUUUGCCAUCGCGACAUUAAGCCGGAGAAUAUGCUGCUCGAUCCGCUCACAAUGAAUCUCAAAUUGGGUGACUUUGGCAGCGCCAAGUUUCUGGAAGCCAACGAAUCGAGCGCCACGUAUGUCUGUUCCCGGCUCUAUCGGGCGCCCGAGCUGUUUGCCAAAUGCACGCGAUAUAGCACCAUGGUGGAUGUUUGGAGCGCCGGCUGCGUGCUCGCCGAGCUGCUCAAGAACGUCGCACUCUUCUCCAGCAACAAGCAUGACCAGGCGCAGCUGCUGCACAUGAUCGGUCUGCUGGGCACCGACGGCUUGGACCGUGCGCCCAUUGUCCUUGCCGCCAGCGGCUUGGAAGCCGCCACAACCAGCAUCGCUCGACCCAGCUGGCAGACGUUAAUUGGCACCUGGGUGCCACAGGAUUUGGCGGCACUGCUGGAUGAAUGCCUGCAAUAUGAGCCAGCAGCACGCAUUGCGCCACUGCGAGCCUGUGCCCAUGCCAGCUACGACGAGCUGCGCACCAUGGAUGCCCUCAACACACUGAUGCCCAAUGGCGUUCGCCUACCAUCGUUGUUCAACUUCAGCGAGCAUGAGCUGCAAGUGGAUCCCGGCCUAUGGAUGCAUCUAUUACCACUCCAGCUGGAGGAAGUCGUUGAGCAAUAGCGAACCAAGUGCA